AUGUCUACACCUGGGAAUCUUGUUGAAAUUCCGAACACCCCACAAUUUCAAGAGUUGCUCUCCAAAGAUCUCAAACGUAUAUCGCUCAUCUACUUCUGGACGUCCUGGGCUGAGCCAUGCGUGCAAAUGAACCAAGUUGUGGAAGGGCUAGCGAAGGCAUACCCAAAACUACUCGCGCUCAGGGCAACAGAAGAGCAAGCGGACAUAUCAGACUCCUUUGACAUCAACUCCGUUCCGACAUGCCUGGUUAUUCAGGGCCAUGCUUUACUUGCCCGGAUCGAGGGCGGAGAUGCGACCCGGCUUACAGAAACGAUUGCAAAGUACCUGGGGAGCAAGUCCUCCGUAGCUCCCCAGUCAACCACAUCUCAAUCUCCUGUCCUUCCUCCAUCUUCUGAGACGGUAGAACAGUUAGAGACCCGUAUGCGGAGUAUCAUGAAUCAAAGCCCAGUGGUUCUGUUCAUGAAAGGGGAGCCAGAUGGACCCCGGUGCGGCUUUUCCAGGACUGCCGUAGCGUUGUUGAGGGAGAAAAAUGUUACAUUCUCUCACUUUGAUAUUCUUAGUGACGAGAGUGUGCGGCAAGGUUUGAAGACACUGAACGAUUGGCCUACCUUCCCACAAUUCAUAGUAAACGGCGAAUUCGUGGGAGGAUUGGACGUAGUGAAGGAGAUGAAGGAGUCGGGGGAGUUUGAUGAAAUUUUCCCUGCUUGA